AUGCUGCCUGCGGGGGAACCCGCUGAGAUGUGUUUCGAUAUUUUUGAUCUUGAUCCAAGAACAGUACUGCAGACAGCAUGUUUGUGCAACUUUGGUUCGUGCGCAUGUUUGUGCAACCUGUUGGCAUGUGCGACGCGGUGCUGGCUCAGUGUUGAAACGCGGCGGCCAUCGAUCCUUGAAUCGCCCAUGGCAGAAGCCCGCUUCGUGGGGAUCGACCUGGGCGUCACCUCCGUGGUUGCGUCGUCUACGGUGGAGGAGCCUAAUGCCAUCACCAUCAACACCAAUGACGUGUCGGGCCGUUCGACGCCCUCGGCGGUCUCGUAUGAUGGCAAGCUUCGACAUGUGGGGGUCAAUGCCGAGGGUCGGCUCAUGAGCGCGCCGAAGCAGACCUUGUCGCAGCUGGUCUUGGCGCUGUCGGGAAAUACCAUGGCGAAGAGGGCGGAGAAAUACCAAUGGCUCUUCCCGUUUCAAGAGGACGGGAGGCUCGGCCCUGUGACGUUCGAUGGCGACGACUUUGCUGUGCACCCUGCCAUGCCCUUGGCUUCAUUGCUCCGGACGCUGAGCAGCUACGCCGGGACAACGAAGCCAAAGCAGCUGUGCGUGGCGGUGCCGGACUUCUUCACCGACGCGGAGCUGGCCACGGUGAGCGACGCCGUGAAGCUCUGCGAGCUCGCCGCGGGCGAGGCACACCUGCUGCGGCACUCCUCGGCGGUGGCCAUGGCCUUCGGACACAGCCAAGGAUCGAAGCUUUUUCCAGAGGGUGCCGAGUCACGCACCGUUGGCUUCGUAGACGUUGGCUCGUCACACGGGACUGUCUCAGUGGUGAAGUUCUACCGAAAGGAGGAUGGUGAGACUUUCAGCGAGUGCCUCUACCGCUGUAGCGAGGAGGAGCUGGGAGUGCAAUCCAUGGUGAGAUGUCUUCUGUCAGAGGCAAUCUCUCGAAUUGAGCAGAAGCACAAGUGCAAGGUGCUUCUGAAGACCAAGUCAGGUAUCCGCCUGUCCAACGAGGUGGUGCAUGCCUUGAAGCAGCUGAGUAUGCUCCCAGAUGCCGAACUGGGCCUGGAGGCCUUUCUGCCGGAAGGCCCGGAGGGGCCGGAGAUCGACGUCUCGGUGCCCUUGACGCGGCACAUCUUCGAGACCGCGGCGGCGGAGGUGCUCAAGAGGCUCAAAGAGGCCUUGGUGGAGGCUUUAGCUUUCCAGCCGGAGGCCUUUGAGCUUCUGGGCGGUGGGAGCCGCAUUCCGGCGGUGCAAGCACGCGUCAAAGAGGUCGCCGGUGAGCUGCCCCUGCGUUUUGGCUUGGACGGUGCUAGCUGCGUCGCCACCGGCGCAGCAGCCUGGGCGGCCGGACGCCGAUGGGUGGAUGCCUUGGAUGUUCCCAUGGAAGGUUUGGCGCCUGAUGUGCUGGAAUCCAUCCGGGAACAGGAGGCCAAGAUGGAAGCCAUUCACAGUGAAGAAGUGAAGCGACUGGAGAAGCGGAACGCACUGGAAUCCUAUGUUUAUCAAGUGCGAGACUGGAUGAAUGGCAAAGAUGGCAACUUGCUGAAUCCAGAAGUCAUCAAUCCAUAUCUGGACAAAGUGGUGCUGUGGUUUGAGGAUGCUGACAUGGCAGAGGAACCCACGACUUUCCAAGCAUAUUCUGACAAGCUUUCAGAAGUUGACGAGUUCAUCAAGAAGGAGGGCGCACCUUACUUUGAGAAGAAAGCGAAGGAUUUCGAAGAUCAAGAGAAAGAGAUUGAAAACGCAGCAGCUGCGGAGCGUGAGCGGCGAAAAGAGCAUGGUAUGGAUUUUGACAAGGAUGAGCGAGUCAUGAAGAAGGAGGACCGAAUGCGAUUGGCACAGAAGAACAAAGAUGAGGGUAAUGACAUGUUCAAAGCGCAGAAGUUCGAUGACGCAGUCAGAAGAUACAAGAAAGCGAUUGAGCAUGUGAGCCGGCCAGAGGUGCAGAGCAACUUGACGCCCGAAGAAGCGGAGGAGGCCAAGAAGAUCAAGGUGUCUUGCCAUCUCAACAGCGCACAGUGCUACAUCAAGGCUGGUGAGGCCGCCACCCAAUCUGGUGGAAAGAAUGCAGCCGAACUGUUCUACAAGAAGGCGCGCACCUCCUGUGACGAUGUGUUGGAACUGGAUGCAAGCAGCAUCAAGGCCAUCUUUAGAAGAAGCCUUUGCUAUGAGAAGCUGGGUGAGUUAGAGGAUGCCCUGAAGGACAUCAAGAAGGGCCUUGGGGUGGCGCCGGAAGACGCGGACCUCAAGAAGUCUCAAGAUCGACUCCAAAAGCUGCUGAAGCUUCGAUUCAACCUGGGGGUGCUUUUUUGGGAUGUAGCUCUGGUGUUGUCACAUUUUGGCACCAAGGACCAAGCAGAAGGAAGGAGCUACGGCCGGGUGGCGGAUGUGCACAUUCCCAAUGAGCCGCUCACGCGCUGCCACAAGGGCUAUGCCUUUGUGACGAUGACCACUGCGUCAGAAGCACAGGACUGCAUCCGUGCGUUGCAUGGUGCCGAACUGGGAGGGCAGGGCCUUUUGGUGGAGGUGGCGAAACGCUCCACGGCUUAUGCGAAGACUCCGGGGAUUUACCUGGGCAAAAGCACCAGGUGCCUUCCACGUCCCGCCGAGCCGGGUUUGCUGAGAGACGAGGCGGCCCUGGCCGAGCCGCUCUCGGAGCCGGCGGCGGCGGCGCAAGCCUCCUGGAGCUUCGUGCCCGAACCCAUGGAGCCAGGCGGUGAGCCGCUGACGGAAGAGGAUCCUGUGCCCUCCCCCUCCCGCAGGUGUGAAGCUGGUCCGCCAAUGCCGCCGAUGCCGGUGAAGAUGAAGGAGGUCACCUCUUCCCCCAGGUCACGGAUCAGCCAACUCGAAGCAGCGAACGUCCGAGCUGCAGCGCAGCAAACCGCCGACUCGCUGCUGUUGCAGUUCCAGCGGCAAGGCUUCGCAGAUCCGCACAAUGCGGCAUCUCAGUGCCUCCAAAGUGCCUUGGAGCUCUUGAGCCCUCACCGCAAGCCGACCAAGGACCCCUUCGGUGCUUUGAAGGACGACUUCCCACAACGGGGCGUUCAGGCGUUGGUGGCACCAGAGGAAUUCAAAAACCCUUCCACCUUCCUGCGAGUCUACGGUGAUCCCGCCGUGAAGAGCGGCCACCAGUGGCCUGAGAGCAUGCAGGACCGACGUGAUCUUCAACGCGGCCGCCAUGUUGCGUGGUGCUCUGCGCCACUGGUGCUCUCCGUUGCGCUCAGCGCUUGGUCGCUGUCGGCCUUCUCCUUCACUGGUGAGACGGCGCCCUGCCGCUCCCUCUCCCCGCGGCUGACCUCUCUGGUGGCUGGCCGCUCCGAGCGGCCGGCGGUGCGGCUGGGCCACGACGGCUCCGAUGAGGCGGUGGCCUUCCUGGAGCGGUUGGAGGAGCUCUUCGGAUCCUUGGAUCUCUUAAGCCCCAAGGGCGUGCCGAGCGAGGAGGGUGGCGCUCCCGUCCCCGUUUGGGCGCUGCUGCCGGGCCGCGGCGGCGCCGAGGCGGUGCCGCUGGGGCGUUGGGCGCUGCAGCCGCCCAGCAUCGGCCGCAGCAACGAAUGGGACACGUGGGACUAUUUACAAGCGCUCCUGGGCGAGAGGUGGUGGGGCGCUUACGCUUGGGAGUACUGGCGCUUCCUAUGUCAUCCACGCAGCCCUGCAGCUUCUUCUAGCCUCCGAGCAGUGCAGGAGGCUGCCGUGGCAUCGGGCUGGUGGCGACAGCCAGAGCACCGCAGAACGAUCACAGGCAUGCUGAAGACUCAUGGCUUUUUGGUCUUGGACAACUUCCUACCGGCCAGCCUGGCGGAGCAGCUGUGCAGCGUGGCCUCCAGGGCCCUGCAGCAGAAGCAGUUCGGUCAAGGGAAGCUUAGCACUGGCGCCAGCUUUGCGCGUGGUGAUGCAGUCCUUUGGGUCAACACCCGUGAUCCGGCCGCGGAAGCGCUGGAGAACAUGAGGCCAGAGGAAGGCCAGUCCUCGGCCUCCAUCCCCGAACUGAAAGAGGUCCUCGAGCAGAUUGAUACCCUGGUGGCCGAGAUCUUAGCGCCAGAGUUCCCAGAGCGCAUGGGCUGCAUCCGCACCCGGAGCCAUGCGAUGUUCACCUGCUACCCCGGAGCCCGCGAGGCCGCGGAGCUGGUGGACGCUCAGGGUGAGUCCUGGGCUGGGCCUUGUGCGAGCAGCUCUGCACGGGGAUACCUCCGACACCUGGACAACGAGCGCGCCAAAGGCCAUUGCGGGCGAAUCCUCACGACGAUCCUCUACUUGAAUCCGGACUGGCAACCCAGCGAUGGCGGCGGCAUCCGGCUCUUCGAGGUGAAGCCACCUUUGCAGGUGCGCGCAGAGCUGCUGCCACACGCGAAUCGCUUGCUGUGCUUCUGGGCCGAUGAGAUUCCACAUGAGGUGCUGCCACCGAAACGAGAUCGUUUCGCGUGCACUUUCUGGUACUUGGAUCGUGACGCCGACCCGUCCUCGGUGCCCUUUGAGAAGGCGCCCAAUGCUUUGGCGGCCAAGGCCGCAGGCGCUGCCUUCCUCGACUAG